GGUGGCGCUCAAAGCGCAAUUUUGAUACUUUUUCGCCGGAAAUUCUGGUGCUUUUUGACGGAUUGCAACGGGCUUUUUCACGGGGGAGUUUCUGAGAAUGUCAGUACUCAGGCCAUUCACCUGCAAUGAUAUGUUCCAUUUCAACAAUGUGAACCUCGAUCACUUGACCGAAACCUACGGAUUAUCCUUCUACAUGCAAUAUCUUUCCCAAUGGCCGGAAUUUUUCGAAGUUGUAGAGUCACCCCUUGGGGAAAUUAUGGGAUACAUCAUGGGAAAAUCCGAAGGACAUCUUGAAAACUGGCAUGGUCACGUAACUGCCCUCACUGUCUCCACGGAUUAUCGCCGCCUGGGACUCGCAGCCACCCUCAUGAAGUUUCUAGAAGACGUAUCCAACAAGAAAAUGGCUUUUUUCGUAGACCUAUUCGUCCGGGUGAGCAAUAAAAUUGCCAUCAACAUGUACUCCAAUCUCGGCUACAUCAUCUACCGAACAGUCCUGGACUACUACUCAGGAGAUCCCGACGAAGAUGCCUUCGAUAUGAGAAAAUCCCUCGCUCGAGAUGAAUACAAGAAAGCAAUGAUCCCACUCUCCCAUCCAGUUGUACGAUCCGAUGAGGUUGAAUAAAAAAAACUACCCUAAUUGAAGCUCAAAAUCUUUU